GACCAAUUAGGUUAUGCUGGCUGACUAACAAGUCUUAGAGGUUCCUUGUCCAGCACUGGGAUAAGUAUACACCAUCAUGCCUGCCUUUUGACAUGGUUGCUGGAUUAAACUCAUGUGUAUGAUUGUUUGACAAGCAUGUUACAAACUGAGCGAUCUCCCCUUUUAUACCUAAAAGAAUCUUGUAUCAUUAAUCUUUCGUUUUUAGUUCCUAAAAUAUAGAUAGCAGUGGAGAUGACUUUUUGUCACUAUUUUCCAAAGGUAGCCCUUAUAUCUCGAUGCAUCAGAAUCAACUAAUAUGCAUAUUAUGACUCUUCCUCCUGAACUAUGUACCUUUUCCCCUUACAAAUCCCACUUCAUUCGUUUUGUACUUUUCUUUACCACUCCUUAGUCUGUGUCAGCUUUGAGGUCUUUCCUGUUAUCUAAAACCAUUUGGUUAGUAGUGUAGAUAUAGCAGAGUCAGUGUAUUUGUUAAGUAUAGGUGAUGGAUAUGCGCUACCUAAUUUGUUCUAGAUUCUGUCAGUACUCCAAAGAUUAAUGAGCUAGUUAGUUAAGAUACUAAAAAUAAAAAGUAUUUCUGUGCUUCUGUGUCUGUUUAAUUGGGGAUAACAAUUUAUUCCUAAUAGGACUGUUACAGUCUCAUAGUAAAAGGUUAAAAAAAAAAAAUCCAAGAACAAAGUUUUGAGAGCUCAAAACUAGGCUAGAUUACAAUAGCUAAUAAAUAAUUAAGUACUUUCUAUGUAUAACUCAUUUAGUAUAUGUAAGUUCUGUGAGGGGAGGUCUUAUGUGUUCUGCUAGCUUUUGUCAUUUGCAAUAAAUGUUUCCUAAUAGAGGGGACUUGAAUAAUGUGUAAGAUAUAAGGAAACUGGGAAAUUCCACAGUGAUUGCUUGGAGAGAAUUUCCAUAAUACAAAUUAUAACCUAAGGUAAUUUACUGCUGUGUUGUGUUUCAGGAAUUUUAAUGAAUCACUGACUGAUCAGCACCGUUUUACCAGUUGGACUGAGUUAUCAGAAAUGGGCAUAGUGCUUUUAGAGCCAACAUGUAACAGAUGGAUGCAACUCCAAGCUGAUUACGUCUUCAUGCCAACACUCUUUUGACUGUACAGGAUCUUUGUCUCUUCAUCUUUGAUCUGGAUUGCUGGCAGAUAAAAGGAGUUCAUGUAGUGUUUUGUUUAAGCUUGUGUCACCAUGAGUAGUAGUUUAGGCAAAGAAAAAGACUCUAAAGAGAAAGAUCCCAAAGUGCCAUCUGCCAAGGAAAGAGAAAAAGAGGCAAAAGCUUCUGGAGGUUUUGGGAAAGAAAGCAAAGAAAAAGAACCUAAAACCAAAGGGAAAGAUGCCAAAGAUGGAAAGAAGGAUUCCAGUGCUGCCCAACCAGGGGUGGCUUUUUCAGUCGACAAUACGAUCAAACGGCCAAAUCCAGCACCUGGGACUAGAAAAAAAUCGAGCAAUGCGGAGGUAAUUAAGGAGCUUAACAAAUGCCGGGAGGAGAACUCGAUGCGCUUGGACUUAUCCAAGAGGUCUAUACAUAUACUGCCACCGUCAAUUAAAGAGUUGACUCAACUAACAGAACUUUAUUUAUACAGUAACAAAUUGCAGUCCCUUCCAGCGGAGGUGGGCUGUCUAGUAAAUCUCAUGACACUGGCUCUUAGUGAGAACUCACUCACUAGUUUGCCUGACUCUCUUGAUAACUUGAAGAAGCUGCGGAUGCUUGAUUUACGGCAUAAUAAACUGAGAGAAAUUCCUUCAGUGGUCUAUAGGCUCGAUUCUCUCACCACUCUAUACCUUCGCUUUAAUCGGAUAACUACUGUGGAAAAGGACAUCAAAAACCUGCCGAAGCUCAGCAUGCUCAGCAUCCGAGAGAACAAAAUCAAACAGCUUCCUGCCGAAAUUGGUGAAUUAUGUAACCUCAUUACCCUGGAUGUAGCUCACAAUCAACUUGAACACCUUCCAAAGGAGAUUGGAAACUGCACACAGAUAACCAACCUUGACUUGCAGCACAAUGAACUACUAGACCUCCCAGAUACAAUAGGAAACCUGUCCAGUUUAAAUCGUCUUGGCCUGAGAUACAAUAGAUUGUCAGCAAUACCCAGAUCAUUAGCAAAAUGCAGUGCACUUGAGGAGUUAAAUUUAGAGAAUAAUAACAUUUCUACUCUACCAGAGAGCCUUUUAUCCAGUCUUGUAAAAUUGAAUAGCUUGACCUUAGCUAGAAAUUGUUUCCAGUUAUAUCCAGUGGGAGGUCCAUCUCAGUUUUCCACCAUUUAUUCCCUCAACAUGGAACACAAUCGAAUCAACAAAAUCCCAUUUGGAAUUUUCUCCAGAGCUAAAGUGUUAAGUAAGCUGAAUAUGAAGGACAAUCAGUUGACAUCACUUCCUUUGGAUUUUGGAACUUGGACCAGUAUGGUAGAAUUGAAUUUAGCCACAAAUCAGCUUACAAAGAUCCCAGAGGAUGUGUCUGGUCUUGUUUCCCUUGAGGUUCUAAUAUUAUCGAACAAUCUUCUGAAGAAGCUUCCCCAUGGUCUUGGAAACCUUAGAAAGUUACGAGAAUUAGACCUAGAGGAGAACAAACUGGAGUCCUUGCCCAAUGAGAUUGCUUAUCUCAAGGAUUUACAGAAAUUAGUCUUGACAAACAACCAGUUGACCACUCUUCCCAGAGGCAUUGGUCACCUCACCAACCUCACACACCUUGGCCUUGGAGAGAACCUGCUAACUCACCUUCCUGAGGAAAUUGGUACACUGGAAAACCUAGAAGAACUGUAUUUGAAUGACAACCCCAAUCUUCAUAGCCUCCCCUUUGAGCUGGCUCUCUGCAGCAAGCUAUCAAUCAUGAGCAUUGAGAACUGUCCACUCAGUCACCUCCCACCUCAGAUUGUUGCUGGAGGGCCUUCGUUCAUUAUUCAGUUUUUAAAGAUGCAGGGUCCAUAUCGUGCCAUGGUCUGAUGUAAACUGCUGGUCCCACACACUGUUCAAAAAUAGACUGCCAUUAUGUUUCAUAUCUAUAUCUGUAUCUGUGGAUAUUGAUCUAUGGCAGAUUUAUAAAGACUGCAUUAUGUGUUUCUGCUAAUAGAGGAAUCAUAGCCAUUUAGAUUUUUUUAAUUCUGUAAAGAAAAAGGCUUAUAUAAGUUUUCUUUGCUAAAUUUGAUGGAUGGUUUUCUGUUAUGUAAUCUGAUAUGCCAGUUUGUUUAAAAAUCUUCCAACAAAUUAUGAAGUCAUUAAAUUUAAGGGAUAAAGUAAUAUAGUUAGAUAUGUGUUCCUUUUAGGAAAAUGUGGGCCAAAAAUUUUGUUGCAACUUUUCAUAUACAUUUCCCCUUAAAAUUGUCAGAUUUUUAUAAUAGCAUAAGCCCUGAAGGUAGACUUUUUCUUUAACUUAUUUUGAAAUUUGAAAUUUAAAUUUUAUAUAUUGUUUACAGUCAGAGUAAAUCACUGGAUUAUUUUGAUUUGCUCUGUUUCAAUCAGUCAGAUACAGAGUUUAUAUUCUCUGUUAAAGAAUUUGCAUCAGUUAGUUUAAUUAUUGUAAGAUACUUUGUUGAAAAGGCUGGCAAACAGAAAAUACACAUUUAGAAAUCAAAAUUUCCAUUACUUUUAUUUCUUUAAUGAACUGUAAAGUAAAUAUCUGGAGUGAAUCCUUGGGGUGGGGUACUGAGACCUUUCCUAGAAUAAGUAUUUUUACUUUUGGGGAGCAGAAAUCUGUGGUGAAAGGUUUUCUUUUCUUUUCCAUUCCUGUAAGUUGCAGAUCCACAAAAAUUUAAUGGAAAUUUGGCAAAUAAAUUACACAUAAACUCACAUUCUAUAUAUGUAUAUACAAUGCUAUAUAGAUAUGUAUUUAUUAUAUCAUAAACUACAGUAGGUAACUUUAAAGACUUUCCCCUUUCCUUGUACAAUGAGAUGAAUGUCUCUCUAAAGACUGCAGUCUGUGUAUGUUUCAAGGUUAUUUAACAGUGUACUAUGGUUUUAUAUCUUGACUCGCCUUGUACAUCUUUCUGUUCUGGAGUAUCUGUGUCUAAGCACAAUAUCUUCACACUGUGCUGUAUUGCUGCUGAACUAAAUGCACUUUUCCCAUGUAUGGGGCACUGGCUUCAAACAAUUCAGUUCAGUACCACCAUUUUCAGUCUCAUCUUUUCCUUGUUAGGAGGUGGUGUAGUACAGUUAGGGAAAGACGGCACCUUGCAUUGACACCAUUGGUAGUUCCAUGGAAGUUGUGUGGGAUGUGCAUGUACUAUUUGAUAGUAUUUUCUUUUGCUUUACUGCCUUUACAAAGAGCAAAAUUGUAAAUGUGUGCCCCUUACAUAGUACUCUCAUUUUUGGUAGUGUUGGUCUAGGUCAGUUUAGUUAUUGAAGAGACCCCCCAACAGAGCAAGUGCAUCCUAGAUACCAUCCCAAAACAUACCUUCCAUAUAAUGAAUAACUGUUAUAUAUAAUUAAAUAUUGCUGCUUAUUUUUCUGUUUUUCCUCCCCUCAUUUUUUUGGGCAUUUUGUUCUAAACAACUAUUUUUUAAAAUUAAAACUGUAGUAUCAAGAUAAAAAUUAUGACUUUUGCUUUUCCUGGCACUCAAACUCAAGACUGGGUUUGAGGUCAAGUCUGAUUUCAUAAUUGUCAAAUUUGUAAGGAGCAACUAAGAAAUGAAAGGCAGGUAAAGAUAUAAAACCCUUGAGUGCUUAAAUGUGCUGUAAAACUAUUGUAGAUGUUCACUGGAUUUUACAAAGUAAUAUCCUUUCUCCUUUCCAUCUACUGUGGCUUUUCAGUUAAGAUUUUGUUUAUAAAAGGAAUUUAUUACAGUUCUACCUAGAGCUUGUGUGUGUGCAUUUUUUGUUUGUUUUUUUUUUUUUUUAAAUCAUAUCCGUAUGUAUUGAUAUUAAGGUCAUGGAACUUAAACUUGAGAGGUAGUGGUCUAGUGUCUUUCCUUGUAAAACAUGGUUUUUCAAAAUGAAAAUAUAUGAGAAAUGUUAAACAAUUUGGUUUCCCUACAUUUAUUUAAGUUAUUCUAUAAUAGAGGUGGAAAAUGAUCACAGUCUUACACGUAGAAAUGCUACAUAUAGUGUAUUAUUAACCUUUUUCAGAUGUAAACUAUAGAUCUUCAGAGCUGUCUUGGAAGAUCCCUUUAAUUUCAUGACUGUUUCUACUAAGAAACUAGACUCCAAUUAAGAGGAGGAAUACCAGUGAAAUAAAGAUACUUAAUCCUUGA